GGAUAACCUGCUACCGCUUACUGUGGACACGUGGACCGUGUUAGGGGAGCGCAGGUUGUCGCUUUUCUACAAGCCUUUCAGCCUGAAAGGAAAACUUACCUAGGUCCGCACAGUUGAGUAAACUGGUGGGAAAUCUUUUUAAGAGAAAGAAUAAGAGCAUUUGGAGAAGGACCUCUGUUUUCCUGUAAAAUCGUGAUGGAGCUAGAAGAACAGCAACAAGCAUCUAAGAAGAACUUUUACUGGGAAUUACCAAAAGUGGAACUUCAUGCCCACUUGAAUGGAUCCAUUAGUUCUAAAACCAUGAGGAAAUUAAUAGCCAAGAAGCCAGAUCUUAAAAUUCAUGAUGGAAUGACUGUGAUUGACAAGGGAAAGAAGAGAACUUUAGAAGAAUGUUUCCAGAUGUUUCAACUUAUUCAUCAGCUUACUACCAGCCCUGAAGAUAUUCUUAUGGUUACAAAAGAUGUUAUUAAAGAAUUUGCAGAUGAUGGUGUCAAGUACCUGGAACUGAGGAGCACACCCAGAAGAGAAGAUGCUACAGGAAUGACUGAAAAGACUUACGUGGAAUCUAUACUUGAGGGUAUAAAACAGUCCAAACAAGAAAACUUAGAUAUUGAUGUUAGGUAUUUGAUAGCAAUUGACAGAAGAGGUGGGCCUUCAGCAGCCAGGAAGACUGUUAAACUUGCUGAAGAAUUCUUCCUUUCUACUGAGGAGACAGUCCUUGGCAUUGACCUCAGUGGAGACCCUACAGUAGGACAAGCCAAAGACUUCUUGGAACCUCUUUUGGAAGCUAAAAAAGCAGGUCUGAAGUUGGCAUUGCAUCUCUCAGAGAUUCCAAACCAAAAAAAAGAAACACAAAUGCUCCUGGAUCUGCUUCCUGACAGAAUCGGGCAUGGGACGUUUCUUAACUCCUCUGAGGGAGGAUCCUUGCAUCUGGUGGACUUUGUUAGGCAACAUCGGAUACCACUGGAACUCUGUCUUACCUCAAAUAUCAAAAGCCAGAUGGUCCCGUCUUAUGACCAGCAUCAUUUUGGAUUCUGGUACAGCAUCGCCCAUCCUUCAGUGAUCUGUACUGAUGAUAAGGGUGUUUUUGCAACACACCUUUCUCAAGAGUACCAGCUUGCAGCGGAAACAUUUAAUUUGACCCAGUCUCAGGUGUGGGAUCUGUCUUAUGAAUCUAUCAACUAUAUCUUUGCUUCAGACAGUACCAGAUCUGAACUAAGGCAGAAGUGGAAUCAUCUGAAGCCCAGAGUGUUACAUUUUUAAGCUGUAAUGAGGUGAACUGCUCUCAAGUUACGUGUUGCAACAAGAUCUUCCUGCCACAUCCAACUUAGUAAAUCAUCCACCACUCCCUUUGAAGCAUAAGCAGCCAAGUACCUGGGCUCCCGGUGCUAAAUAAAUAUGUAUGAAACUGCAGGCAUUGAGCUCUUCAUAGCUUACCUCCAGGCUGCCUGCUGAACGGCCUUGCCGCUAACAGACCUCCCAUUCCA